CAAAUAGUCAAAAUAAACCAAUGUAAAGGAACCCUAGUAUAUUUUGAAAUCUUCCCCUGGGAAGUCUCGAUCUCCACCUGACAAUUGAAUCUGUUGAAUGUGGAGCUUCCUCUUUGCGGCAUCCAUCAUCGUUCUUCCGCUAAAAGCCCCCGGAAAGCCAAUCAAGUCGCUGCAACCUUCCCAUCAUCACAGGAUUCACCUCUGAGACUUCGUCUAAACCACAACGUCGACGUCCUUACCUCGUUGGCUCUGCGUUUCGUCCCUCCCUGCCUCAAAACACUGAACUCCUCCGAGCCUGUGCAUAUCUUCGCCGUUUCAACACAUAUAUCGGCCUUGUCCGAGGUAUCUGUCCUCGUUUCAGGCUAAUCAUACGUCACGCAGGGUGUCCUACGCCCAACGUGUGCCCGAGUGUCUCUGUCCCCGCCUAGCCUGGCGUUUCUGUGCUUCAUCGGAGGCAUUUUGGAUGGUCUUAGAACUAUAUAUUAACAAUGACAUCAAGUAUGUUGACUGGGGAGCGAAGGUGGACAUCUGCACGGAGAGGUGGCAUGACUGUCCUUGGAAAAGUUGCUGUUCCAAAACCCUUGAACUUACCAAGCCAAAGAUUAGAAAACCAUGGACAGAACCCGGAUGUUGAGAUUGUUCCCAAGGGAACUCUCAGCUGGGGAAGUAAACCGUCUUCCUCCACUCCAAAUGCAUGGACCUCCUCCACAUUGUCCCCGAAUGCUGAUGGCGGUACUAGCUCACCAAGUCAUCUCAGUGCUGGCGUUUCUUCUGGCGGGAAUGGUAGCCGACCAUCUACUGCCGGCAGUGAUAGAACUCAUGAACAUAAUGUGGCUGCAUGGGGCUCCAAUUCUAGGCCUUCUUCAGCCUCGGGUGCACUGUCUUCAAGCCAAGCAUCAUUGGCAUCCUUACGCCCACGAAGUGCAGAUACAAGACCUGGCAGCUCUCAACUUUCACGUUUUGCAGAAACCAGUUCUAACCACCCAACACCAUGGGCACCUGGUACUUCUACAGAGCGAUUGGGGAUCUUAAACACUAAGAAUGAUGGCUUUUCUCUUAGUUCUGGGGAUUUUCCUUCUCUUGGCUCUGAAAAAGAUAAUCCUGGGAAGACAAAUGAGGCGCAAGGUCAAAGCUCUCAUGGUUGUCCUGGCUCACCAUCGGGUAAACUCUCACAUGACACGGGCAAGGUGGAUGAAGCUAGCUCUGAGCAAGAUGUCAAAAACGGAGCUGUUGGCAUGUGGAGAAGAGAUGGUCCGUACCAUGUUGAUGAUGGCAUCCCAGGUGGCAUAGACAUGUGGCAAGGGGAUCCCCACCACCAGUAUGCAAAUUCUGAUAUCCCCCCUCAACAUUUUGAUGCAUGGCGUGGUUCUCAUGUGCCCCCUCCUACUGGUGUUUGGUAUAGGGGACAUCCUGGAGUACCUCCUUAUGGACCCCACGUUGGUCCCGGUGGGUUUCAAUUUGAACAAUAUCCACAUUACAGGCCCCACCAAAUCCCUCAUAUAGCUAAUUCACAUCCAGUACCUCCUCAAGGGCAUGGUCCUAGAGGGCCCCACCCAAGAAGUAAUGAUUUCUAUAGGGCGCAUAUGCCGGACAGUUAUGUUCGCCCAGGUAUGCCAUUUCAGCCUGGGUAUUACCCUGGCCCCGUGGGUUUUGAGGGCUAUUAUGGACCACCACCUAUGGGGUAUUGCAAUUCCAGUAAGCAGGACAUCUCACUUAUGGGCAUGCCUCCGGGGCCUGCUGUUCUUAACAGGUUUCCAGCACCGAAUGCUCACGAUCCAAACAAUUCACAUGCCAGAUCAGCUAGCCAUGGUGGUGGCAAUAACAUGUUCUUGCCUGAACAAGGAGAGUGUGUUCAUCAUGACUAUGCUCGACCGCCAUAUAAAGUUCUUCUAAAGCAUCAUGAUGAACGCGAUAGAGGAGAUGAGAGAGGGGAGACUUGGAAACGGUCUGCAUUGGCUAAUACUUCACAUGGAGAUGGGAUCUGUCAUCAGCCUGGGGGGAUGAAGAAUGAAUGGGAAGUCCAUAGUAGUGAAGAAGCAAUGAAUGAAAACUCUAAUUCACACAGUGUUGAUAAUCGAAGAGACAUCUCUUCAGAUAAUGUCAAAUUCGAAUCAGUUGAAGGUCUGGACAGUAUUAGCCCAGCUCCAUACGGCUGGGAUCAAAGAUCAGUAACAAUGGAGCCCUCUCAUGGAAUGGCUAUUCAAAAAGGCCCAGUUCUGGCAGUUGCUAGAAAGGAAUCAACUCUGAUGAAAAAGAUUGAAGGUUUGAAUGCAAAAGUUCGUGCUCAUGAUGACCAUUUCGAUCCACGAAAUGAAGAGCAAAUUAGACCCUUGGUUAAUGCAAAGUUUGAAAGUGCUACAGAUGAUGAUACCAGAAGCUCAACUAAGUACUAUGAAACUCAUGGCUCUGACAUGUCAAGGACAACCUCUCAUGCUUCAAAGGGCAGAAAUGAUAAUCAUCCCAGUAAAGCUAAGUUCAGUUAUCAUGAUGAUAGCUGGCGAAAGCAUCCUCAUCCUACUGAAUUCUCAGCUGUGUUAUCAUCACAUAGUACUACUCCUGCUUCUAAUGUUCAAUGCAGUAUCUCAUAUCCUCAAGUUGGGCAUACUGAACUUACUGUAACUAGUUUACUGGAGAAGGAUGAGAAAGAAUCCAUAUCCGAAUCAUUAGAUGGCCAGACACAGCGUGCUAAGAAGGAAGAGUUGGAAAAGCGUGCCUUACAGCUACAGAAAGAAGAGGAAGAACGGACUAGGGAGCAGAAGGCCAAGGCUCUUGCUAAACUGGAGGAAUUGAAUAGGCGUAUGCAGCAGGGAGAUGAUUCUUCUUCAAUACAUAUGGUUGAAAAGGUCCCACUUACCAUUUCCAUGAAGCAAGAACAAGGAGGAGAGGGUACAAUUCGUGAAUCACCCAAUGAACCUCCGUCCACAAAACCUGGUGAUGUCGCUGAAAUAAAUGGGGACAUACCUCCUAGAAAGGGUAGUGAAAAAGCUGAGUUGCAGCCUAAUACUGGACAUGGUCUGAUUUCGACACAUCAGCAGGAUCUCCAUCCACCUGGCACUGCCCUGCAAGCUAAUGAGAGGUAUAACAAACGUACUGCUGGCUACAAGCAAAGACAGAAUGUGGGAGUUCGUAAUAAGGAUCUGAACGAACCAUCAGCUCCCGUAGUGGCUGCUGCUAGCGAGGCCCCAAAGAAUCAUCUUAUUGAUGAUGUGUCAUCUGAGGGUGCUAUUCAUGGUGCUGGCUCAAGCAAUCCCAAUGCCUUCAGUACAUUGACAGAGUCCGGUUUGCAACAGAGAAAGAAAGGGAGCAGGAAUGGCAAGAAUAAGCAGAAGACGAUGGAUGAUACUCCGCCUUCUAUUUCUGCUUCACUGCCCACUACAAUGCAAACAGACGGUACGACUUUGAAACACACUGAAAAUGAAGUUUCUGAUAUAAGCUCUAUUCAGGCAAUAAUGAAUACUGACAAUGGGCUGCAAACAUCAGAGCUACACGUUCCUUCAUCUAGCAAAGAAGGCCAUGUCAGAGUAAAUGAUCAGAAAAGAUCUCAGUACCCUCGCAAGAUAGCCAGAAAUCAACGUGCUAAUAGAUUUGUGGACAAAUUGUAUGGGAGUGAUGCUGUUGUGUGGGCCCCUGUGCAACCACAGACCAAACGUGAAGCCGUUGUUGAAACCGUCCAGAAAAAGGUCCUACCCGAUGAACCUGCUCCUACUCCGGUGACGGGUGACUACGUGGCGGUGCCACAGAGUAGUAACAGUAAUCCUAACAAAAGCAAGCGGGCUGAAAUGGAAAGGUACGUUCCGAAGCCUGUUGCGAAGGAGCUUGCCCAACAGGGAAGUAGUAGUUAUCAACACCACACGUCCAUCACUUUCGGCUCCCAUACAUCAGUAUAUAUAAACCCAGACAGUAAUUUGGAUGGUUGGGGCAUGCCUAUUGCUGAUUCUGUACCUCGACCAGUGUCUUUCAGGGAAGCAAUAGAUGUAGAAGGUGGCAAAACAGGAAAAGACGGGAAAUUGAAUUCUUCAUCCACUAGCAGACAAGACUACAAUAAAAGCACAGUAAAACCUGUUAGGCCCGAUAAUAACAGAAGCAGUAAAAACACAACGGCUGGAAGAAAUCACGUUCAACCGGCGGUGUUGCCUGAAGUUAAGGAGACGGAUAGAACUGCAGUUGCCCCUAAAGAAAACCGUAUCAGUGUGCCUCAUUGGAAACCCAAAUCCAAUGUGCAUGUUCCUCCACAUUCUGAGAAGAGUGAAGUUCAGGGUGAGGAUGAUGUGAAAAAGCAACAAGAUGAGCCUAGAAGAGGAGGGGGAAAGCAAAACACCUCCAGGGGAGGGAGGCCUUACUCUCCAAACCAACCUCCUGCUGGCAUGGACGAUGAAUUUGCUCCUUCAGAAACUCAGCAUGAUCGGAGAUUUACCUCAUCAGGGUCCCGAAGGGGCGGUAGUGUGCCAAACAGCCAUCACAAUAGUAGCAGGGGCAGAGAGUCAAGUGGAGAUUGGUCUUCUGGGCAUGACGAAAACAGGGAAAGGCGGAGGAAUAAUAGUAAUAUGCAUUAUGCAUACCAGCCGGUUGGGCAACACAAUAAAUCAGGAAACUUUGGUGGUCCAGCAGCAGCAUAUUAUGGGUCUCAGAGGGAUGCUCCGAGAUAUCGAGAAACGGGACAGUCUAGACGGGGAGGAAAAAAUUAUCAUGAGAAGAAAGGAGGGAAUUCCCGGGAAGAUGUUGGUUAUGAUUGUGAUUGAUGAGAAGAUGGAUUUAUUUUUAUGUGAUGUGAAGGAAAGUUUCUGCUAUAAAUGUUUGUUUUAUCAGGUUUGGAUUUGACCAGUUAGUUACUUUGUUCAACUGAUUUACAUUUACACGCCGGUGGUGGUUAGAGCAGACCAUUCCUAGCAAGGAAUGCAAAGGAAUGGAACGACUAAAGAUAAAUUCCCUAACUUAAAUGUUUUGUGGUAUUUUCCCUGUUCUUCAUCACUCAUCAUAUGAAUGAAGGUUCUGUAUUUAAAGUUAGCAUUUGCCUAAAUUUAGUUGAUUUCGAUAAUCGCUUUUCGAUUUUCAUCUUUUAUACCAAUUCGGCAACACAUGUUUUGAUAAAAUAUUACGUAGUACAUAAUUUUUGGUGCUAU